GCUACUGGUUUAUAAAGGCGGUUGACGCGAUUUGCAUUGACAGCUGCCGCCUAACAGUGUGGUAAACAAAAGGCAGAGGCCAAACAAGGCAGGAGCCAAACCAUGUGACAUCACAGGCAGCAGCUUCUACAUAACAGUGGCAGUUUCUAAUGACACCGGAAGUGCCUCGACGAGCUACUGCUGCCACGACUUGAGCUUGCCCUCACUGCAAACACAAGCAACACAGCCGACAUGGCGGACUGGGACGCUGACACCUUCGAGCCGGAGGAGCAGAUCCAAAAGGCGGUAGUGGUGGACAAAUGGGAAGGCGAAGACGAAGAGGAAGAUGUUAAGGACAAUUGGGAUGAUGAGGAAGAGGAGAAAAAUGCAGAGGCGAAAAAAGCAGAGACAAAAGUUUCUGAAAAGAAAAAGUUGAGUGAGAAAAUCAAAGAGAAAGAAAAUCGGUUAAAGAAGAAACAACAAGAGCAGCUGGAGAAAGAGCUGGAGGAUCAACGAUCAGAGCUUACUUCCGAAGAACAACUCGAAGAGAAGUUAAGAGUGCAGAAAUUACAGGAAGCUGCAGACUUGGAGCUAGCUAAAGAUGCAUUUGGUAUCGGCAGCAGCACCUCAAACAGUGUUACUGGGAUCGAUGCCAUGUGUCCAUCCUCCAAAGAAGACUUCUCCGAGUUUGAAAAAUUGUUGAAAGAAAAAAUAUCCCAAUUUGAAAAAUCUGUGCAUUAUUCAAGUUUCUUGGAUUCACUGUUUCGGGAACUCUGUAUUUCAUUGGAAGUAGAUGACAUGAAGAAAGUCAGUAAUUCCCUGUCAGCUCUACUAAGUGAAAAGCUGAAACAAGAAAAACAAAACAAAGGAAAGAAGAAGAAGAAGGGGGUGGUAGCUGGAGGCGGUUUGAAAGCACAGCUGAGAGACGACCUUGACUAUGCAUCGUUUGAUGGUGGCUACGCCCAAGACUACGAGGACUUUAUGUGACACUGGCUCCAUCACUACUGCCCUUUCCUUCUCCCCACCCUCCGAAACGCAGCUGUACCUUUUCAUGCUUUCCAGUGCCAUCCUGGAAUAUCUGAACUAUGUGUUGCCCCAUUCAUCUUGCUUCAAUGACCAGAGGGACUAUACCAGGGAGCACCCAGUCUCACCAACUCUUUAUGUUCAUACAUAUGGAAUUGCCUUUUCUCCGUCUCAUUCAGCCUCAACUCACACACUCAUAAUAAUUAAGUAUCUGUUGGGUGACCCAGCUUCAACAACAACGAAGAAUACAUAGUAACUGCUUUUGUCUGAGUUUUGCAGGGCUCAUUUUAUGAAUUGAAUGUUGCCCCUGUCAAAAUGGCAGAUACAGUAUUGCAGUCUACUGACAUAGAAACACAAGGUUCUAUGCAAAUUCCUAACCCAGAAUGUCAAGUAUAUAUUAUAGGUCUCACUUACCUGUGGAUGGGUCUCUUACAGGAAAGUAUAUAGUAUCUAUAACUUUGGUUGCCAAAUGCAGAACAAUUAUUCAGUACAUACUACAUCUUUAUCUCCGGAGAGGUUGCAUUGAGGGUGAUUCUGAGACCGAUGCAACAUGUAAGUAAUAGUUGUAAUUUUACAGAGCACGUGACAUUCAUUGUAAGAUAAAAGGGAUUAACAAGUAUAAUAAAUGUGACUUUAAAACUUCA